AUGGCACCAUCAAUCUAUGUCGUUCGUCACGCCCAGGGCUAUCACAACAGCCAACACCACCUCCGUGACCCUAACAUCACCGAUCUCGGCUGGACUCAAUGCACCAACCUCAGCAAGACUUUCCCCAAAUCGUCCCUGCCCGCUUCUCUCACAAUCAUGGCAUCUCCUCUCAUCCGCACAAUCCAGACCGCCUGUCUUGGUUUCUGGGAUGUCCUGAAGAAUCCUGAUGUCAAGUUUGUUCUGGUACCCAUGGCUCAGGAGAUCGCGAAUCAGCCCUGUGAUAUCGGUUUCCCCGCUGCUGAACUUAAGGAGAAGGUCGCAGCUUGGCUUCAGCAGGAGAGGUUGGGCUUCGGUGUGGAGAGAAUGGAUUGGAGUCUGGUGGAGGACGGUUGGAACUCGAAGACUGGCAUCUACACUGCCUCUCUGACCGCAGUCAACGCCCGUGCUGCUGCUCUUCGUGCUACCCUCUAUGCUCACCCUUCAGAGGCUGUCAUUCUGGUCACCCAUGGCGCCUUUCUGCACUAUCUGACAGCUGACUGGUCGUCUUUCGACGGCGCCAGAGGAACUGGCUAUGAGAAUUGCGAGUUCAAACAAUUCAUCUGGGAGAAGGAAGGUGAGGAAGGUGUUCACCUCAAGGAGAUUGGCGGUGCAAAGAUCAGACAGGGCAGACCUCCCGGUGUGCACGCUCACGUUCUUGAAGGUAUCGAGCAGAUUGAAGGUCUGGAUCCCAAGAGCAUCAAGGUCGGAAAGGGCAUUGCAUGA